CGGAGCUGCAACUGCGGUUGAACUUACAACCGAACUGUAACGGAAAAACAUUCUCUCUUCUGCUGCAAUUUCCACCUCCUUUUCUCCGCAUACUUUCCCAAUUUUCUCUUCUGCAACUUUUCCCCCUCCUCACUAUCAUCACUUCAAGCCCCAAUUAAGUUGUUCAGUAUCAAUCUUCACUGAAACCAUGCAUUGGGACUUAAUCUUAUGGCUAAUUUCCCUAAUCUCCAACAUCGUUCUCCUCGUUCUCCUCAUCUACCAGCUGAUAUGUUUGUCGGAUUUGGAGGCGGAUUAUAUGAAUCCAUACGAAACGGCAGCGAAUAUCAAUUCUUUGAUUUUACCAGAGUUUGGAUUGCAGGCAGCUUUCUGUGCUCUUUUUCUUGUUACAGGCCAUUUCUUCAUGUUUCUCGUCACUCUUCCUGUCGCCAUUUAUCAUGCAAGAUUGUUUGCUAGGGGAGAGCAUCUUGUAGACGUGACAGAGAUUUUCAGAGCACUUAGUGUUGAGAAGAAACACCGGUUAAUCAAGCUGGGCCUUUACUUAUUGUUUUUCUUCUUGGUCAUUUUCAGGCUUGUGAUAGCUAUUUAUAAUUCAUUAGCUGAUGAAGAAGAAGCAUUGCAUGGAUUUUGGGUGUUCUAGAUCCCCAAGGUUUAAGCUCUAUAAUUGGUUUUCCCUGUGAUUUUGACCUUUGGCUGUGCAAGUAUCAUUUUUGGGGCUCCAUCAAUAUCUGAGUCAGUGAAGGCUGUGACUAACAGAGAAGCGGCGUGUCAUAAUCAUGGCCACUGAAAUGGUAAAAAUGAUGCCUUUUCAUGUCAUGUUAAAAAGAUGACUACACUAUUUAUGGAAUGGGAAUCUGGCAUCUAAGUUGCUUAUAGUAUUAUCUAAGAAGCCCUUUGUAGUUUGGGUUGAGCGAGAAAGGUUGUUAUUUGGUUGUUCCAGUAAUGGUGUUUGUUGAUGCGACAUGUUUUGCUGCUUCUUGUUGAUUUGCUAGUUAAAACCUGUAAUAGCCUCAAGUUGUGAGGUAGUAUGAAUGAUGUCGAAACCUAACUAGAGCAUAAAGUUUUGGGGCCUCCGAAAGUAGGAAGAUUUUCAUGGAGUUUGUACUGUUGUAGGAUGUGGACUAAAAAGCUUUUUAGGGGCUGACAGUAGAAUUUAAGGUUCACAGAGAAGAGAGGCAUGCUAUGUAGAAAUGGACGUGACAUUCUUGUGCAAUUCCCAUGUGAUGCUGUGUCCAGUUUCUCAUAAUUUCAUGAUUUUUUAAAAUUUGAUUA